AUGCCCUUCAAGAAUGGCGAGAUGGCGGUCCAGGAGUUGGGAUCCAGCAAAUACAAGAGUCGUGAUGCCGAAGAUAUGGCAAAGCAGGGCAAGAAGCAGCAGUUUCAGCGAAACUUUGGAUUCUUGUCCAUGUUGGGAUUCACGACAACCAUGAUGUGCACUUGGGAGGCUGUGCUUUUUGCUAAUUUAACUGCAAUGAUCGAUGGUGGCCCAGUGACGCUCGUAUAUGGAUUCUUAUUUUGCUGGUUUGGCGCUUUGGUAACUGCAUCCUCGCUGGCUGAGAUGGCCUCAAUGGCCCCUACCUCCUCCGGACAGUACCACUGGGUGGCAAUGUUAGCUCCGAAGGGUCAGGCAAAAUUUUUGAGCUGGGUGACGGGAUGGAUGGCCAUGAUUGGAUGGUGGGCCAACACUGCAGCUGGUGUCUAUUUUGCGGCGACAGUCACCCAGGGCCUUGUAGUCUUGAAUUACCCGAAUUAUGUUGCAGAAGGCUGGCAAGGAACCUUGAUGAUGUUCGCUGCAUUGAUUAUUUGCGUGAUUGUCAACUCCAUCGGGGCAAAGCUACUUCCUCAGGUCGAGGGUCUGAUUCUGAUCUUUCAUAUUGCGGGAUUUUUCGCCGUCCUCAUUCCUCUCGUUUAUCUUGCACCUCACAAAGAUGCCUCAUUCGUUUUUGGGACUUUCCAAAACAGUUCGGGAUGGAACAACGCAGGUCUGACCUGGUUGAUUGGCCUGGUGGGCACGAACCUCCCAUUCAUUGGUUAUGACGGCCCGUGCCAUAUGGCCGAAGAAGUCAUCAAUGCUUCUAUUAUCGUUCCCUGGUGCAUGAUCGGCACAAUCCUGUUAAACGGCACCCUUGGGUUCGCCAUUGUUGUCGCUUUCCUGUUCUGUAUCGGAAACGUGGAUGACGCCCUGAACAGCGCCACCGGCUACGACUUCAUUGAAGUCUUCUACGCGGCCACCAAGUCCCACGCGGGAACAUCCGUGAUGACCGCCAUUCCCACAGCAUUGGUCAUUUGCGCGUCGUUUGGGUUCCUGGCCUCCGCAUCACGUCUCACCUGGGCCUUUGCCAGAGACAAGGGACUGCCAUUCUCGAAUUUUCUGGCUCACGUCAGCUCUGAAUCCGCACUCCCUCUCCGCGCUGUCGGUCUCUGCGCAUCCAUAACCGGCUGUAUCUGCAUCAUUAACGUCGGAUCAACGGCAGCAUUCAACGCCAUCAUCUCGCUGACCACGGCGGGUCUGUUCGGUUCCUACGAAAUAGCCAUUGUCCUCAUGCUCAUAAAGAAGAUCAGAGGAGAGCCGAUUCCGUAUGGCCCCUGGAAGCUCGGCAAAUUUGGCAUUAUUAUCAAUAUGGCCUCAAUUUCUUUCUUAACGAUUGCCAUCUUCUUCUCCUUCUUUCCUGCCGAGAUGCCCGUCACUCUGGCGAGCAUGAACUGGUCAAUUGUAGUUUUCACUGGCGAGUUCCUUAUCGGGCUAGUAUGGUAUUUCAUCAGUGGGAGGAAGGCCUAUAAUGGCCCGGUCAUUGAGUCUGGUGUCAACCGUUGA